UUCAAAAAAUUCUAUUAAAACUCAGAUUUCCCAACUAACCGCUCUAAUUAGUAACAAACAAAAACAUUGCAUUUAUAGUUCUCAAUCAGUAUUUCUUUUUCUAUUUUCAGUUUUGCACACUCAAAACACCAUCUACUGUAUUAUCAUUCUGCACAGUACCUCUUAAUAAAACCUCUCGAUUUUAAACCAAAUCUGAGUCUCCGUGCCCGUUCUUUCCUCGCCGGAAACCAGAUUUUGAUCGGAUCUGGUUUUCGAAGCUUCUUAUAUUUUAUAAUUCGCAUUCAAAUGCUCGUCAUUCAUUUCGCUGCUUAAAUUCAGGCCUUAAGAAAAUGAUCAUCUCCAGUCCUGUCACUCCUGGUCAGGUUUCGCUUUUUCUUGGAAUUGUACCUGUAAUUGCUGCUUGGAUUUACUCUGAGUUUUUAGAGUAUAAUAAAAAUGCCGCUGCGGCAGCAGCCAAAGCUAGGCAUUCCGAUAUUGGUUUAACUGAAUUGGGAAACGGCAUCGUUAAGGAAGACGAUGACAGAGCUGUUUUACUUGAAGGUGGUGGUGGUCUUCAAGCAGCUUCUUCUCCUAAAGCUACUAGGACUGUGUUACCUGCUUCCUCUCCUCCUAUUUUCAGGUUUUUUUUGAUGGAUGAGCAAUUCUUGAUCGAUAACCGGUUGACACUUAGAGCUAUAUCUGAAUUUGGUGCUCUUUUGGGCUACUUUUACGUGUGUGAUCGCACGGAUUUCUUUAAUGGGUCAAAGAAGAGUUUUAAUAGGGACAUUUUCUGGUUUCUCUAUUCCCUCCUCAUCGUAGUUUCAGCAAUAACUUCUUUCAAAAUACAUCAUGAUAAGUCACCAUUCUCUGGGAAACCCAUACUUUAUUUGAAUAGGCAUCAAACUGAGGAGUGGAAAGGCUGGAUGCAGGUAUUGUUUUUGAUGUAUCAUUACUUUGCUGCAACAGAAAUCUAUAAUGCAAUCCGAGUUUUCAUUGCUGCAUAUGUGUGGAUGACUGGAUUUGGGAACUUCUCAUAUUAUUAUGUCCGCAAAGAUUUUAGUCUUGCUAGGUUUGCACAGAUGAUGUGGCGGCUUAAUUUCCUGGUGAUAUUCUGUUGUAUUAUACUUAACAACAGUUAUGUGUUAUACUACAUUUGCCCCAUGCAUACUCUUUUCACUCUUAUGGUCUAUGGGGCGCUUGGUAUUAUGAACAAGUACAACGAGAUUGGAUCUGUCAUUGCUGUUAAAAUUAUUGCCUGUUUCUUGGUGGUUAUCCUAAUAUGGGAAAUUCCUGGAGUCUUUGAAUUGCUUUGGAGCCCAUUUACUUUCUUUCUUGGCUAUACUGAUCCAGCAAAACCAGAUCUUCCUCGAUUGCACGAAUGGCAUUUUCGCUCAGGCCUUGACCGCUAUAUCUGGAUAAUUGGUAUGAUAUAUGCGUACUAUCAUCCAACAGUGGAGAGGUGGAUGGAGAAGCUGGAGGAAACAGAAGCGAAGAACAGAAUAUCAAUCAAAAUAGCUAUCGCAUCGAUUGCCUUAUCGGUUGGCUACCUGUGGUAUGAGCAUAUCUACAAGCUAGACAAGAUUACUUACAACAAAUACCAUCCUUAUACCUCAUGGAUUCCAAUCACUGUAUACAUAUGCUUGAGAAAUGUCACUCAAUACUUCCGCAGCUACACUUUGACCCUUUUUGCAUGGCUUGGAAAGAUUACACUGGAAACAUACAUUUCACAGUUCCAUAUCUGGUUAAGAUCAAGCAUCCCGGAUGCUCAACCCAAAUUGUUGCUUUCUAUAAUCCCAUCCUCAGACUACCCGAUGUUGAACUUUAUGGUCACUACUGCCGUCUAUGUUGCAGUUUCUUACAGACUCUUUGAUCUGACAAAUACAUUGAAAAUAGCUUUUGUGCCCAGUAGAGAUGAUAAGCGCCUUGUACACAACAUGGUUACUGCGGGAGUAGUUGGAAGUGUUCUAUACUUCCUGUCUUUUGUGUUAUUAAAAAUCCCUCAGAUGCUGGUGUAAGUAAAAGGCUGCAAGCUUCUGCAUCAGUUUUUGGCGAAACACACGAGAAGAACGUUCUCCACUGCUAGAUUUUUUGCCCCCACAAAAGUACACCUGGGCCACAGUAUCUAUUCAUUUCAUUUUCCCCUUUAUUUGCAAGAUAAAAGGAAAGAAUGUGCUUAGAUUUGUGACAUAUUGUAUAGGAAAAGGUCGUUAAUUGAGAAGACCUCCAAUAGGUGUUAUUUUUGUAAUGUUCUUUUCAUUAUUUCUGAUGACAAUAGUAAAAUCAUAACAAGCGAAAUAUACCAUUCACUAUUAAAGCAA